CCCGGGUCCUUGAACUGAGCGAGCGCCGCGCCAUGGCCUUGAGGCUGCUGAGACUCGGGGCCCCGGCGGCGCGGGGCGUCGGGGCGGCCGUCCGGCGCACGGAUGGGAUUCACACAAGCACACAGUGCUGGAGGACCUACGGGCCCUUGGCCUAUGUGCUGGGCGAGAAAACCAGCAAAAAGCUGACAGAAAACAGCAGAGUGAUCACAGUAGAUGGCAACCUUUGUUCUGGGAAGAGCAACCUGGCCAAGGACAUAGCCCAGAAACUAGGCAUGAAGCACUUCCCAGAAGCAGGGAUACACUACGCGGACAGCACCACAGGCGAUGGGCAACCCCUGGACGUGGAGUUCAGUGGCAACUGCAGUUUGGAGAAGUUCUACGAUGACCCGAAGAGCAAUGAUGGCAACAGUUACCGACUGCAGUCCUGGCUUUACGCCAGCCGCCUGCUGCAGUAUGCUGAUGCCCUGGAGCAUCUGCUGAGCACAGGCCAGGGCGUGGUGCUGGAACGUUCCAUCUUCAGUGACUUCGUGUUCAUGGAGGCCAUGUACAAGCAGGGCUAUAUCAGGAAGCAGUGUGUGGACCAUUACAACGAGGUGAAGAGGGUCACUCUCUGCGAGUACCUGCCCCCUCAUGUGGUCGUAUAUGUGGAUGUGCCUGUCCCUGAGAUCCAGAGUCGCAUCCAGAAGAAAGGCAACCCACACGAGAUGAAGGUGUCUCCUGCCUAUCUCCAGGACAUCGAGGACGCCUACAAGAAAACUUUCCUCCCUGAAAUGAGUGAGAAAUGUGAGGUUCUGCAGUACACAGCCAGGGAGGCUCAAGAUGCAGAGAAGGUGGUCGAGGACAUCGAGUAUCUCAAGUACAACAAGGGUCCAUGGUUGGAGCAGGAUGAUCGCAGGUUCCACAAUCUUCGGAUGCUGGUUCAGGAUAAGCUGGAGGUGCUGAAAUAUACACACUACCCUGUGUACCUUCCUGAACUCACCAUCGGGGCUCAUCAGAGCGACCGUGUCUUCCGCAAAUUUACCGAGCUGCCUGGCCGCAAGUACUGUCCUGGGUACAACGAGGAUGUGGGCGACCAGUGGAUCUGGCUCAAGUGAGCAGCCUCAAGUGAGCAGCACAGCUGCUGGGCACCAAAAACAGACUCCUCAAGCAGUAGCCAGCCCUACACGGGGUGGAUUCUGUGGACCCUAUGGACUGUCUGCAGAGCUUUCCCACCUGGCCCUGCUGCAGCCUCUCUGCUGCCAUCAAUAAACAAUGUUUCUCUGCUCUGGC